GGCGAACCCAGCGACAGGAGGCGCGGUCUUUCCUGUAGGCGAGAACGGAAGCGGAAAUUCGGCCAUCUCCUCGUACACUCUGGCUUCAACAGGUUUCCAUCGUCCACCGUCUUUGGUUCUCAGACCAAAUGUUGCCACGGGAAGAAAAAGAUAAACCGAGACAAAACUCUCCAUGAAUGAGUGGUGGACGAGGUUAAGAAACAGAGGUUUACCAAGAGGAACACCCUUUCUUUCAUACUUGAGUAACAGAUAUUGAUCCAGAAGUCUGCGGCUAGAAAGUUGCCAUGUCGACCUCUUCGCUGCGGCGACAAGUAAAGAACAUCGUCCACAACUAUUCAGAGGCUGAAAUCAAGGUUAGAGAGGCAACGUCCAAUGACCCAUGGGGCCCCAGCAGCUCUCUCAUGUCAGAGAUAGCAGAUCUGACCUACAAUGUUGUGGCUUUCUCAGAAAUCAUGAGCAUGGUUUGGAAACGACUGAACGACCAUGGAAAGAACUGGAGACAUGUUUACAAGGCUAUGACUCUUAUGGAGUAUCUGAUCAAGACGGGUUCAGAGCGUGUCGCCCAGCAGUGUCGAGAAAACAUUUAUGCAGUCCAGACCCUGAAGGAUUUCCAGUACAUAGACCGGGACGGCAAAGACCAGGGUCUGAAUGUAAGGGAGAAGGCUAAACAGCUGGUGACCUUGUUAAAAGAUGAAGAAAAACUCAGAGAAGAGAGGAUCCAUGCCCUUAAAACCAAAGAGAAAAUGGCACAGACCACCAGUGCCUCCUCAGCCCCCUCAGCACCCAGCCUAGGGGGCAGCAUAUCUAUGGGCUCGCAUUCUGGAGAUCCUGACCAGGCAUGGCCUCAAAGCACUGGAGAGGAAGACCUACAGCUUCAGUUGGCAUUGGCCAUGAGUAAAGAAGAGGCAGAGCAGACUAACGCGGACCCUCUGGAGGAUGCAGAGCUUCGCUAUGCUAUCACUCUCAGCAAAGAGAUGCAACAACAGGAGGAGAGGCUUCGGAGAGGUGAUGACCUGAGACUGCAGAUGGCCAUAGAGGAGAGCAAGAGGGAGAAACCAAAACCAGAAGAGGGUUCUCUAAUGGAGCUGAGUGCAGUGGACCCCUGGGGAGCUCCAGCUAAUGCCACUGUGAGCUCUGCUGGCCCUUCACCGCCUCUCACACUUUCCGGCCCCUCAGCCUCUGGUCCAUGGGGUGCAGCUCCCACAGAUCCAUGGGGAGUAGCUUCACCCACAUCCCCUACAAGCACUGACCCCUGGGGUGGAGGAGCUGCACCCUCUAUAGCUCCACCUCCUGACCCCUGGGGGGAGUCGUCCCAUAAAGUUAACAACGUCGACCCCUGGGGAAACUCAGCUGUGACCCCACCCAGUGCCGACCCCUGGGGCUCCCCUGUGCCACCCAGCACAUCCUCCUCCGGGGGACCGGUGGACCCCUGGGCAAGGGAUGGGCCUGCCUCUGACCCUAUCACCUCUGACAUCUGGAGUGGCACCGCCAAACACACUAAUGGCACAGGGGAUCCGGAGAGAAGAGGCUCUUCAACAACAGGAUGCGACGGCACAGGCUCUCCGGUUCCCUUUGACUUGUCGUCACUCGGCUCUUCACUUCCUGUUCGUAAAACUCCAGAGUCCUUCCUCGGCCCCAACGCAGCGCUCGUCGAUCUGGAUUCCUUGGUGUCGUCUAAACCCAAACCGAAACAGCCGCCGCCUCCUUCCAUCUCGUCGUCUUCAUCAAACAACCCCUUUCUUCAGAACACAGGCUCGUCUCCUGCACCUGGCAUGGCAGUGACCCCAGGCAGCACUAUUUCCAGCAGGGGAGUUUCACCAACACCAGUCUCUUCAAACCCCUUCGGUGUGGCCCCACCCAUGACCUCCAUCUCCCCCCAGCCCUCGUCUUUAGGCCUGAGCAGCCUGCGUACUAGUCCUGUGCCUCCCAAUCCUAUGCUGGGCAUGGUCCAACCAGGAAUGGGCCUGGGGCCAAUGAGUGUAGGGAUGGGGGCUCCUGGGAUGGGGCUGGGCAUGAUGCAGGCCAGCCCGAUGGGUAUGCCCUUCAGCGGGCUCUCUCCAAUGGGACCCCCGGUCCCUACUCUUCUGGGAUCCGGAGCCAUGCCACCCCCUCAGCAGAUUUUGGGGGGGCCCACAGGAGCAGGGGGAAUGAUGGGAGCAGGAGGAUCUAUUGGAGGUGGAGGGACGACGGGAGCGAGCACCAACCCGUUCCUGCUUUGAGAAAGCGUCACCACUAUUUUGCUCACCUUUCUGCCUCAGCUGUCGGACCUGCUUCCCCCUUUCAUUCACCACCCUCCCCCACUCCUCAACACUUUGUGUCCAAAAAGAAAAAUGUCUACCUUAAAAAGAACAAAAAUCUA